AUGGCACAGCAGAUUGGAAAGAGAUCACAGAAUGUGACCACCCCAACCGGCAGUACUCGUAUCAUGCAGCUGGGACAGGAUGAGGCAGAUAGAUCUUCUUAUAAGUCUUUGGAUGAAUCUCUGAAGAUGCUCAAAGGAGAUUCAAAGGUCCUUGGGGCUCUCCAGAUCCUGAAUGGGAGUAUGAUCUUUGCCUUAGGGAUGUUUUUAGGCUUAUUGCAACAUGCUUCUAAUUUCCCCAGAAAUGUCUUUUUUAUGACUGUCUACACAGGCUACCCUUUCUGGGGAGCUGCAUCUUUCAUCAUUUCAGGAUCCCUUUCCAUUGCAGCUAAAGGAAAACCCACAAGGAAUUUGGUGCAAAGCAGUUUUGGGAUGAAUAUUGCCAGUGCGACAAUCUCUUUCAUUGGGGUCCUUUUUCUCUUGAUCAAUUUUGUGCUAAAUAGUUAUGAAAUCAGAAGCUGCUCAUUGGCAUCUCCUAACGUGUGCACUGUUACAAGUUCCACAUCAACUGGACUCCUGUCUUUGAUACUGAUCCUCACUGUACUAGAAUUCUGCAUUACCAUCUCUUUCACGAUCUUGGGAUGUAAAGCAAACUGUUGUGAACCUAAUGAGGUGGUUUUAUCUCUUCCUGAUUCUUCCGUGGUGGCUGGGAUACCCCCUGUUGAACAGCAUUCUGAAGGCAUGGAAACCUCAGUCCCAAUGAAUGAUACUGAGAUAUUAAGCACAUAGUCCUAGUGAUAUCUCCAGAAAUACUCUUUUAGAACUAUCAGUUGAACAAAUCUUUAUCCAACAGAACUCUGCUGAAUAGUGUGGCCUCAGUUUUUCCCUUUCAACAUAAUGUGACUUCUGGGUUCCUUGCAGGCCCCCUCUGUGUGUUUUCCAAACACUUUUCCCUCACCCACUACACAGAGUUUUGGCUUCAUUGAGAUUCUGCCUACUAUUAUGGAAGAUCCCACUGAUGAAUAUUCAUU